AGAGCACGGAUCGGGGAACUCAUCACGACUCAGCAGAAGCCAAAGGAAGGUCGAGGACUGCUUCAGAGCACAGAGAAAACACAUUAGGGGCUCAGAUGGCUCAGGAAGGGACGAGUGAACAAUUGUACCCACAGGAGGAUCAGGAUGUGAAUAGCCACUGCCAUUUAGACCACGAGAAAGCAGAAUGUACAAGCUUAGCCGAGGAGGUAUCGUCCACCUCUGAUCCAAUGGUAAUGUACUUGAAGGAGCAAACGGAGAAGGGGCCUCAGGCAGACACUCCUUUCAUCCCUCAGGAAAGGGUAACGGAGGACAACAAGGAGGACUUGAAGCCUGCUGAGAAUGAAACUGGGGGUGAAGCCUGCCCCCACGACAGGAAGACACAGUGGGAGACCAGCCCAUGUUCAUGCACGCAGGUGGAAGAUCGAAAGGUGGGAAACGGUUUGACAAUGGGAAGGGCAACGGCAAAAAGCUCUACACUGACCAUUCAGUUGUCAGGAGAAGAUCAUCCGCAUGGGAAAUGUUCAAAAGAGGAAAAACAUCCAUCGCCAGAGCUCUUAGGAGAACAAUCCAGCUGGGCAGCCAAAGCAGGAGAGCUUCAGGAUUCCCUGUUAGUGAUCCAAGAAACCACUAUGGCAGAAGCACAUGAUCCUACAGGUGCAGAUCAAUCCCUUGAAAGUGAAGGAGAGUGUACUCCGGAGAUACCAAGCUGUCUGAAAAAUCAAAAGGUUUCUGAAGUGUCACCCGGUUUCCAGGGACAGGGAACCAAUGAUGACCAGAGAGGAGACAUUCAGGUUAAUGACAGCACUGAAUCUCCAGUGGAUGCAGGGACCUCUGAAACCCUCCUAGGUAAUGUGGACUCCGCGCCUAAUCAAUGCGAAGGCGUCAAGGGUGACAAGCAAAAUGUGGACUCAAAAGGGUUAUGCCACGAUGUAGAAACCCUCUAUGUCAAUCUUGCAUCUGGCCCAGAUAAAGGUGACACCAAACAUGGGGCAUCCUGCUUCAGCGAGAAGACAUCAAGCGAAUGCACAUCAGAAGACACCAGUUCAAGAUUCAUAACAGAGAAUGAUUCUGGUUUGAAAAUGAAGCCUGAUACCAUGGAACCCAUGAAGGUCUCAACUGAGCCCCAAAACACAACUACUCCAGGCAACCUGCACUGCAAAGAUGGGCCACACCAGCACAAAGGACUUCAGGUGCAGGAUAAAAAGACCAAGGAGGAGCUGCAAUUAGGAAGCUCAGAAAAGACCGACAUACAGGAUGGUCAAAAACAGCAUGAGGGGAUGAGAGACUCAGCUGGUGAGCAGGAGAAGAAGGUAAAUGUGGCACUAAUGAAAAAGGCCUUUGAUUCUCCCAAAAAGACCAAGGAAAAGGCUUGUGAGACAAAGAGCACUCCAAAGAAAGAUAUGUUCAGACGAGUUGUGCGCCAGAGCAAAUUCCGUCACGUCUUUGGCCAGGCGGUGAAGAACGACCAGUGUUACGAUGACAUCCGGGUGUCGCGGGUCACCUGGGACAGCUCCUUCUGUGCGGUCAACCCCAGAUUCGUUGCCAUAAUCAUCGAGGCCAGUGGAGGAGGGGCUUUCCUGGUUCUUCCACUGCACAAGACUGGAAGAAUCGACAAAGCCUACCCUACAGUGUGUGGCCACACAGGUCCAGUUUUGGAUAUUGACUGGUGCCCACACAAUGAUCAAGUCAUCGCCAGUGGGUCGGAGGAUUGCACUGUGAUGGUAUGGCAGAUUCCUGAGAAUGGGUUGACCAGCCCCCUCUCCGAGCCUGUCGUGGUCCUGGAAGGUCAUUCCAAGAGAGUGGGCAUUGUGAUGUGGCACCCUACGGCUCGCAAUGUGCUGCUCAGUGCUGGCUGUGACAACACGAUCAUCAUUUGGAAUGUGGGCACGGGAGACGCCAUGAUCCAGCUGGAGGACAUGCACACGGACAUGAUCUACAGUGUGUGCUGGAACCGAAACGGCAGCCUCCUCUGCACAGCCUGCAAGGACAAGAAAAUCCGGGUCAUCGAUCCACGCAAGGAGGAGAUCAUUGCGGAGAAGGACAAAGCCCAUGAAGGUGCUCGCCCUAUAAGAGCCAUCUUCCUGGCUGAUGGCAAUAUCUUCACCACAGGCUUCAGCCGCAUGAGUGAGCGACAGCUCGCUCUCUGGAACCCGCAAAACAUGGAUGAACCGAUUUCGGUGCAUGAAAUGGAUACCAGUAAUGGAGUUCUCCUGCCUUUCUACGAUCCCGACACCAAUGUGGUGUAUUUGUGUGGAAAGGGUGACAGCAGCAUUCGCUACUUUGAGAUCACAGAUGAAGCCCCCUUUGUCCAUUACCUCAACACCUUUACCACCAAGGAGCCACAGCGAGGCAUGGGCUACAUGCCCAAGAGAGGACUGGAUGUGAACAAGUGUGAGAUUGCCAGGUUUUAUAAGUUGCAUGAGAGAAAAUGUGAGCCCAUCAUCAUGACUGUGCCCAGAAAGUCGGACCUUUUCCAGGAUGACCUCUACCCGGACACGGCUGGCCCGGACUGCUCCCUGGAGGCCGAGGAGUGGUUCGAGGGCAAGAACGCGGACCCCAUCCUCAUCUCUCUCAAGCAAGGCUACAUCCCCGGGAAGAACCGGGAGCUCAAAGUGGUCAAGAAGAACAUCUUGGACAAUAAGCUGAACAAGAAGGCAGAGCACACGGGCCUGGCUCACAAGACCCCCUCUGCCACUCCCUCAAUACAAAAUGAAGCCAAGAUGGACGAGGUCCUUAAAGAAAUCAAAUCCCUUAAGGACCUCGUUAGCAGUCAAGAGAAGCGAAUCGCCAAACUAGAAGAGCAAAUGUCCAAGAUUGCAAUCUGAGGACCCGCCCCUGCUACUGUUCAGGACGAUCCAUUGGCUGGGAGGAGGCAAGGUGGGCGGGGCACGUCACUGCCAGCCUUGAUGACGGUGUCCCGCCUGAAGCCGGUUGCCUAGCAAUGAUUCCAAGCAACAUUCCAAGAUGAACUUUUUUUCUUAUCCUUGCCCCCCACUAACACGGUGAAAACAAUUCUUGCAAUUAAUAUUCCAGCUUUUUAUUGAAAGUUUUCAUACAUUUUAAUAAGUGGCAAUCUGACUCUUUUUUUUUUUGUUGUUGAAAAGUCUGAUUUUUUUUUUAUUUUUAAUUGUGACCAAGAAAAAUCUGAUGUGAACAGUUUGUACUUACUGUGUUAUACCCAGAUGUUUUAUAUGUAGCUAUCAGUAUUGCAUUUUUCCCUUAAUUUCUUAUUGCCAAAUCUUAAAGGAGUUCUGUUUACACACCUCCUUGACAGUAUUUUUCUUUGCUAUUAUUUGCAUUCAAAAGACAAAACAUAAGGGACAAUGCAAUAGGAUGGUAUUGUUUAAAGAAGGGGGGUGUUUUUUGCGGUCAAUUAAACUGUCUAAAGAAAACCAUUUCCUGAAUGGGGAGGAAUCAAAUUGAAAUUGAUGUUUGUUUAUUGCCAUUAUUGCUUGGGGUACGGUAUUGAAAAGCUUAAGGAAUCCAUGAUCCUUUUUGCUGUAAAUGUUUUUUUGCAAACUAGCAUCCCCAAGACUAUACAAAAUAGGCAUCUUUAGAUUUUUUUCAGUGGAUCAUAUUCUAAGGGAUCAAAUGUCUUGCCACAUGCUUCCCAUCAAAUUCUGACAACAGUCUGUGCAUGCAAUAAAGAUUUUACUCAUUCAAAACAGUCUUCUCCACAAUAAAUCUCUUUAAAGUUGUAUUAAUCUCUUUUCAUUAGCCUUCUCUGUCCUAUAUACCUUGAUCUCAAGCCAGUUUAAAAACUGAUAACUGGUAGCAAGAUACCGUUCACAACCUGAUGGCUAUUGUGGUUACUUUAUGCUUUAUGUUGAUUUUUUUAGCAUUGUUUUUUUAUUAUUUUUUUAAAGCUGGGUCUCUGAUCAAAUUUUCAAUAUUAUAGUCCCUGUGAAUUGUAACAUAAAUGACAAAAGUUGUAUUUAACAUCCUUCUGAAAAAAUAAAUUGAGGAUAAGUGUAA